GGACGACGUGCAAAGGCAUAGGCAGGAACAAGUCGCGCGCAUAUCUAAUCUACCCUAAAUAGGUACCUACUACCUACAUUGGUCCUAUGUACAAGGAAACAAGCUUCAUUUUCGUAACAUUUCCCCGCCAGUCCAUCCUUUAUCGCUUCUUUUCCUUCUUCACAACUCCUCAUCUCAACAAUUAUUGGAUUAUACUUGUCUACCCUGCCUUUCCAAAUCAUUCUCUUGCCUCAUAGCUAAAGAUUGCGACCUAACAUCGUCCCAUUUUCUGAAGACGUCCAAAAACAAAAUGCAGGCUUGGGUCACCAGCAAUGGGCUUGCUAAUAGCCAGCCUGUCCCUGCUUCCUCUGGCCCAGGGACUGGACAUGAUGGCCAAAACCAUCCUCAGCAGCGCCAUGUCUAUCUUCCUCUACCCACACCUUCAGUAACACAGCCGUCUUCUCAGGCGAGUCAAGCUACCCAGGUUUCCCAAGCUCCCCCAGCUGCCCAGGCCACCCAAGCCAGCCAGAACUCACCCCCACGAUCGCGCGUGCCUAUCAUCAAUGCGAAUUCCAAUCGAGCAGCUGCUACCGUUGCAGCCCGUUUACCCGCUCCUACCAGCCGAACUGGGCACGCCCGGGACGGAUCACUCAAUCUGUCAAGGACGACUAGGGGAAUCGCCUCCGAACCCUCUCAAUCCUCGCGGAGAGCUCCGCCAUUCUGGGAAGGGUCGACAGUGGAUGGAUCCAUGUUUAGCGACACUGCUAGCAACAUUGACGCAGCUACGACCGUCAUAACAGCCCCCUCCAACCCUAUGCACCGAAUGCCAUUUCGCUCCACCCCGUAUCAACCGAGAGGAGAAACCCAACGACCUCACCUGGCUAUUAAGCAGGAUACUAAUGUGCCGGAGCAACAUGCCCCCUUUAUGAUAGGACCUCAUGGUGUAAUAGACAUAGUUGGUGGCUCCCUUACGAGAAGUGCCUCGACACCGGAAGCUAGGAAUCACCGCGUCGGUCAUAAGGGAGCCUCUUCUGAACCCGAACCCGAACCCGAUCAAGACUCGGAAGAUAGUCCAUACCACACUAGCCCAGAGAAGUCGCCGUCCGCCAAGCGGCUUUAUCAUCCCAAACCUCUCCCUUUACGCGGUAGUCGCCGCGGCUCCUUCCCUGAAAGAAUUGCUUACCCUCUCGAAGACACCAUCGUGUCGCCACCUCCAAACCAACCUUACCAAGAUCCUGAAUUGGAGGAAGCGGAAUCAGAGCACUCUGCGCCACUGCGAGUGAAAACGCACCAAGAACAUCACCGUUCGACUAUCUUCGCCGACACCGAUACUCCUAUGAUUAGCCAUCCAGACGAGUCAGAAAACGAGAGUGUUGACCUAGAACCUACUCCAAGACCAGCCGCCAGAACCAAAUCUCAAAUCAGCCGGCAACUUUUUCGCGAGAAUAUUCAACGUCGAGUACCACUUGACGAAAGUGCGAUGCCUCACCCGUUUGGGGAGAAACACUCUUCAGGUUCGAAGAAACGCCGAUACGAACUGGACUAUGAUGAUGGCGCUUUAGCAGCGAUGGACUAUGCAGAACUUAAGAACGAGGCCUUCGAUUUCGAUCCGGCCCGGGCGGAGGCACAAACAGCAAUAGGACAACCUCGAGGCACCUUGCCAGAAAAGCUUAGCCAAUUUUUAGACAAGGAUCGAGCGACCCAAAUGGAUUUCUUCACCAAAAUGUCCGUCAGAGACUGGGAAACUUCGGGCGACUGGUUUCUAGAAAGAUUUGGAGAGGUCAUGCAACGGUUCAGGGAAGCUCGCCAAAAGAAGCGAUCCUUGAUAGAGGGCUUCGAGAGUGAAAUUGCGGACCGAGGCGAGGCUGUGAGAGGUAAAAUGCAAGGCAUUGAUCGGACACUCGGCGAGCUUAGAAGUGAGGGUGAAGGCAUGAUGUUAGGAAAACAGUUUGAAUGAGAUAGAUACACCAGCAAAGGGUAGCACAUACCUACCUCGCACCCCACCCAGGCGGCGCAACGUAAGUGGCGAGGUUGUACGAGCUGGGAUUUCGUAAGAGCUGCUGAGAAAAGAGGUUGUCAUCGUGUUGUUAGCUUGAGGGGCAGUGGAGAUUUUUGCUAUGAUCACGGCGCAUUUGGGCUGGAGCUAUGAUUGCGUUCAAGGUUUGCUUCGUCACGUCAGCUACGAAAUGGCAGGGGAGGUUAUCUGCCCGUUUCUCAACAUGUCGGAGAAUAGCUCGUACGCGGGGUAGUAGGCGUCGACGAACUUGACCACCUGCUCAUCUGUCAUCCCCGUGCCCCUCUCCCGUCGCAGCAUCGCCUCCUGCUCUAGCCUCCAGUCGUACACCCACUCCGU